GGCGUUAUCAAACCAGGAAGAAACAAGUGCGGAAAAACACGACAAAGUGGCGGAGUCCGCUAGAUGCCAGGCUCUCUGUAUAGUUAAUGAAAGCCCAGACGGGUUUGACGGACUAGUUGAGUCCAUGUAGCAGGACUUUGGAGGCUUUUGGGGAAGUCCGCAGUGAGCUGUUUGGCGCAGACGGCGGGCGGCUCGUCGACACUCAGCACCAGAGAGCUAGUUAGCACGCUAAACUACCCGAUUAACCCCGGAAAAUUCAAACAUCUUGAAUAUUAUCGGCCUCUGAAAGUGGCAGUUGUGGGUUGAAACAACCAAAAAGACUAUCAUAAGCGUUUAAUUUGUCGCAUUAGGCUGUGUUAGUAUGGCGGCUAGCAGUGCUAGUUAGCGUCAAAAUAUUAUGCUGAGAUGAAGUAAAGAAAAAUAAAAUCGUAUCUGCAUAACUUGGAUUUAUUUGUCCAGACGCGUGUUUUAAUGAGUAACAUGCGUUUUUAAUUUGUUGUGUGGCUGUGCUUCGGGUUUUGUCGCUUGACUCGGGUUUCGGGCUGUGCUUCGGAUUUUGUCGCUUGAUUCGGGUUUCGGGCUGUGCUUCGGGUUUUGUCGCUUGAUUCGGGUUUUUGGCUGUGCUUCGGAUUUUGUCGCUUGACUAGGGUUUCGGGCUGUGCUUCGGGUUUUGUCGGUUAACAUGGAGGCAGCGCAGCCCGGCUUCGGCAGCUCGGAUCGGUUACGUAAGAACGGAAGCGGCUCCACGCGCACUGACAGCCGCAAAGGCAAACAACAAUAACAAUAACAACAGCAUGGAGGAGGUGUGACAGUGCCGAGAAGUCGUACAGAAAAUCUAACGGAAGAUGGAUUCCAGCCCGCUCAUUAACGCCAUGGAUCCGUCCAUCACACUGUGGCAGUUCUUGCUCCACUUGUUGGAGGACCAGCGCCAGCGUCACCUGAUCUCAUGGACAGGUGAGGACGGCGAGUUCAAGCUGUUGGAUGCCGAGGAGGUGGCGAGACUGUGGGGGCUCCGCAAGAACAAACACAACAUGAAUUAUGACAAACUGAGCCGUGCACUCCGAUACUACUAUGACAAGAACAUCAUUAAGAAAGUCAGCGGACAGAAGUUUGUUUAUAAGUUUGUCAGUUACCCUGACCCCGCCCAGCCUGAAGGAAUACGUAAUGAUGAGGAGGGGCAGAGGCGGGACAGUGUUGACUCCAACACUCAAUCCAAAGGCAUUGGGGGUGUGCCAUCAGUCUGUCAGUCAAAGACCUUAAUCCAGCAGCGCUCACCACCUAGCAGCUCGCAGAAAAGCUCCCGUAAUGACUACAUGAAAUCCGGCCUCUACUCCACCUUCACCAUCCAAUCACUGCAAGCUUCACCCAACACACGGCACAUCAAGGCAGAGCUCCAGCUCGUGCAUGACCUCCCACCCAAAGUUGACCGGAUGGCCAGAGAGGUAUGUGUGGUGUCAGAGUCCAAGUCCUCCCAGUCAGUAGGUGGCGCUGUAGACACUGCACUCCAGGUGGUUGCCACUCAGCCUUCACCGUGUCCGACUCCAGCCCUCAGUCCCCAGGUACCGCCCACCAACACCAGCCAAUCACAGAAUCCUCCUGCUCCUCCUUUGAGUGAGCCUCCACAGAUUUAUCUCACCAGCACCGGAGAUUCGGCCUCCAUCAGUCCUCUCAUCCCUUUGGGUCCCGUUGGUGGCCCGGUUGGUCCUGUCCCACCCCAUCAUGUCCCAGUGGGUGCUCAGGCUUCUCAGCAGGAUGACUGUGGCAUGGUCGCCAACCCCUCCGCUUUCCCUCCGUACUCGCAUGCUGCUCCCCUGUCAACUCACCCGCCGCCUGUCUUUGUCAUCAUUAACCCGUCUCCCCAGCAGGAGCUGUGCCAGCAACCUGACGUGGCUGCUGCGCCUCCUCCUGACCCUCAUCCUCCUGGUCCAGCUGCUGCUGUGGCUGCACCUCCUCCUCUUCCUCCCAUCAUCAUCAAGGAGGAGAACUUACCAUCAGAAGAAGAGCUGCUGGAGAUGGUUUCACUGGAGGAGAAGCAGGUGGAGGAGGUUCCUCAGCUCAUCUGCGGCUCAGGGGAGUUAGAGUCCUCCCUGACUAUAGUGGAGGCUCCGCCCUCUUCGUGCAUGGAGUCCAGGGUUGGAGGUCAGUCGCCUGUAGCAGAGGGAGGAGUGGACGCCGAGGGAAGAGAUGCGCUUACAGACACAGCGACCACGUCCUCUGUGGCGACGCCGACAGUCAUCUCCACGUCCGACGCUGUUCCUCCCAAACCAAAGAAGCCUCGAGGCUUGGAGCUGCCCUCCUCGCCCUCCCUCCCCCCCGGCCUUUCUCUGGACAAGGUUAACGCAGCUGUUAACAACUUAUUGGCGCCUGGAUCGGCAACCAACACACUCACGCCGACGGUCAUCACCUCCCACGCUCUGACUCCGGUCCUGCUGACUCCCAGUCCUCUUCCCUCCACCAUCCACUUCUGGAGCACGCUCAGUCCCAUUGCGCCGCGCUCCCCGGCCAAGCUCUCCUUCCAGUUCCCGUCCAACGGCAAUAAUCACAUCCACAUCCAGGCCUUGAGUGUGGAUGGACUCUCGACCCCUGUGGUUCUUUCUCCUGGACCCCAGAAACCGUGAUGGCUCCACCCGCCUCAUAGAGCUGGUUUGUGUGACGGCAGCCUGACCUCUGCAGGGUCAGAGAGCGUCGGUCUGACCCAACAGGAGCUUUGUCUCCAGUGAGUUCUUUUUUUAAUGGUUCCAGAAACAUUGAGACCCCAACAUCUGGGCUGAUGGAGAAUCCAGAUACUGGAGCCUUCGAUCCCUUUACCUUCCAGGGUCCAGAAAGCAAGCAGGCGUCCGGGCUUUGUCCCAGGUCCUUUGUUUUUCUUCACCACCGCGCUCAGUUUUUGAUGUGGUUUUCUUCGUAAAGGAGGGUUUAUGGGAUGGGGCUCUUGACUUGGGACGACUGGAAAGCCACGCUGAUGAGGUGAAGGUGUUUCUUCUUCUGGUGCAACAACAAAAGCUGAACUUGAGAGAAUAAAAUGCUGACUGUGGUUCUUCAGCUGUAAACUGAUGAGCAGUGAGGUCAGAAAGUGGAGGCGGAGCCAGAGUGGUUCCAUUUACUCAUCUUUGCUGUGAUGAGGAACACUGGAGGUUUUUUGGUUGAAUACGUUACGGCUCUAUGGGUCGUGCACUUAGUUUUCUGUUCGUCAGAGGAGUUUAACUUCAACCAUUGUGUUUGACAAAGAUCUUUUUAAAGGACUUUUGGAUCCACUGAGGAGCUCUGGUUUGCUCCCACAGGCCAUGCCUUUAUUCACUUAUGCACCGCCUCCUCUGGAUUAAUUAAAGUCAUUCCGAAUGGGCCAAUCAUAGCAGAGGAUUGACAACUUGAGCAGUGGGUGUUCAGUUGGUGGGCAGGCAUUGUAUUUUUUUUUUUUUUGCAGCCAAGUUAUUUCUAUAUAAAAGUCUGAAUAUAUUCAUCAGUGUAUAUUUUUUCUAAAGACGUCUGUGUUGACUUUAAGAGCUGAAUUUAAGUGUGACAAAGAAAGAACUCUAUUUUUAAGGUUUUAUUGUGGACCUGAAUGCAUUCCUGACUUCAGAUGGUGGAGGAACAAACAAAAUACAGACAAAUGUAAUUUUAAUGCUGACAUUUGUUCCAGGUGUUGAGUAGUUGUUGAGCUUCAGCCUCGCUUUGGUAAAUCUUCUGAUUUACAAACUGCACAAUGUUUCUGCUGCAGCUUCGUACACUCCAAACCGUAAACCCGUCUCUCCAGAGUCCAGCAAGUGUCACAGAGCUGCUAAACAAACACAGGCCAUCUAUAAAAACUUUUUUUGUAAAAAAAAGAAAAAAAAAGAAAAUGGUUUUUAGCUCAAAGAAUGCCUGAUUGUGGGGCACCAGUAAUUUUUUUUUUUUUACAUCAGACACUUUUUGUUGUGGGGUUUUUUUUGUGUUUGUUUAAUUUGCCGAUUUUCAUAGUGAAGCUCAGACACUUUGUUGUGAUGCUUUUUGUGUGUGUGUGUGUUUUUUUAAUUUUUCACUUUUCAUUAGUGAAGCUCAAAUACUUUUUGUUGUGGGUUUUUUGUUGUUGUUUGUUUGUUUUAAUUUUCCACUUUUCAUUAGUGAAGCUCGGACGCUUUUUGUUGUUGCUUUUUGUUUUCAUUUUCCACUUUUCAUCAGUGAAGCUUGGACACUCUUGUUUUCUUUUCCCAGUUUUGUUGUUGGAUGGACCAAACAAAUAAGUAAUUGGACUCUUUGCUGGUGCUUUAUUGUCUGCAUGAUGUGUGUUUGUGUGAAUGGGUAAAUGUGAGGCAUAAUUGUAAAGCGCUUUGAGCAUCUGAUGCAGGUGGAAAAGUGCUAUAUAAAUGCAGUCCAUUUACCAUGAUGAGAGCCUGUUUGUUUGUUUGAGGUCAUUUCAAAAAAUGAAACUGGUACAUGCAAAUUUACAGCACAAAAUAUUAUUUUAAUGGCACAAUUAAGGUCUUUUUGGCCAAAAUAUUUUUGGCAGUUUUUGCCUGUGACAUUGUGUUGUUCUCUACAGUAAAAUGUAAUUGUAAAAAACAAGAGAAAAAAAAUGCAUUAAGUUUACAAAAACUUUGAUGUAGACCUGUGACAACGUCAGAAACUGCAAAAAAGCUAAAAGUUUUUCUUAUUUCACUCUGAUUCGUAUUUCCAGCAAAUCCCUGAUGACACUGACGUGUUGCCGUCUUACGAAGACUGUUGUUAUUUGCUUUGAGCUUGUCGCUGUGGUUGCCAUGGUGAUUUGACCUGACUGUUGUUGCCCUGGCUGUUGCUGGUUGCCUAUUUUUUGUGGACAGUGUUGUAAAUGAUUCUUAAAUGCUUUUAUGUGACAAACGCCAUCAGGAAUUGAUCGAAGCCGAUCACAAAUGUUUGUGUUUUACUUUCGGCUUUAUUCCCGCGUGGCUGUGAACUAGCCUAGCAGCUGAACUCCGAGGCAUCUACACAGCGGAUGUUCUGCUUUCAUGACAGUGCAGAGCUUAAAAUACAAAGACUGCCUGCUGUGAUUAUUAAUGUGACUCAUCAUGCAACAAGCUCAUCAAAACGGUCAGUGAGCUGCUGUGUUUGAGCUAGGCUAGCUAGCCUCUGACCUAGGACUGUCGCUGCCUGGAUAAGGCCUAAAUUUUAUAACAGCAAUUUGUGUAGCGGGUUUAGCUAAAAUGAUAGUUGUCAUGGUUUUGGACACUUUAGGAGCAUCGCGGUGACUAACUAGGCGUUGUCAAAUUAGCCUGUUGUAUUUGAGCGCUACACAAAAUAUCUAAAUUAUUUUAAUAAUAAUUUAAUAAUAUUUUUAUGUUCUUGAAGAUGAAUUGAAAUAAACUUUCUCAUAAUUUGGAAAGGUUUUAUUUUCUGUUGCUAAUUGGGGUUCCGUUAGUUCCUGAGGGCGUGGUUUCCCAGCAGCUUUAGCUUUGACGUGAACGUAGCAUUUAGCCAUCGUCUUUCGACUGUUCUUCAAAUGGCAUGAUUCUAUUUUUCUAUAUGAGACAAAUGUUUCUAAUGUUUACUGAGUGACGAAGCCUUAAAAAGAUUUUAAAGCUGGAGCACAGAAACUAUGCGUGUGUUUUUUUUUUUUUUGUUUGUUUUUUUUUUAUGCUUUAAGUGCGUGAGACAAAAAAGCCAUUUGUUGUGAAAAUUCAGACUUCAACGCUUUGGAUGAAGGUUUGAGUCCGACGUUUAAUGUUGAGCUGAAGUUUCUCACCAGCAAAAACAUGAUUGUCAACACUGAAGAAUGUUUUUAUUUUUAUCACUGGGUAGUUCCAGCAUUGCAUGUUUUAAAUGAAUCAUUCACUUUGAAAGAUGCACUGUUGAAAAAAGGAAGUCUUUUAAAAGUGGAGUCAGGUGUCCUGCAGACACUGCCUUGCUCAGUGGCAGUCAGCAGCAUUUUAUCCAAUACGUGUUGAGAUGGCGGGAUGAAAAUCUCGCUGUCGUGAGGAGAAACCUUCUGUUUCACUGGGAUUUUAAAAAGAAAUUUGCUGGGAAAGUGCUAUAUAAAUAAAAGUAUUAAAACUUUGUUUAAAAAAAAAAAAGCAUUUUUCUGAGUGUAUAAAAACCAACCUGCUGUCGAGUUUAAAUGGCAACUUGUUUGUGUGUAUGUGAUGUUGAGGUGGCUCCCUGUUCCCUCCCUGCAGAUGGCAGCCUCGCCCUCAGUUUUAGAUUUCAGAGUGUACUUUUAGCCCCGCUUUAGGGUUUUGGAGGGUACCGGGUGAUGGUUGUAUAUUUUUUUUGUGGUGACCUCACUCCUCUCGCUCCUCGUUGAUCUGCAGCUCAAACUCAAUCACUUUAAUGGAAGCCUGACUGAAUGUGUCCUCUGGGCCACCUUUUACUAACCCUCAUUCAUAUGCUGCACAGCAGCAGAGUUUUCCCACAAACCAUCAUACAAACGCAAGGAAUCCCAAAGUUAUGUUUUUUUUUUCAUGACACAUUAGCUUCAGCAGCACAGCUGUCUGGUGUGAAACAGGAGUUAAAGAACCACACAAAUGGUGACAGCAUGUCAUAAAGACCAAAACGUGUUUUGGUUUGACAAAUGUUCCAUUGAAUGUCCUUCCCGCCUCAUUUAUCCGGGACCAGCACUUGGAACGUCUUGGCUCUGUAUCCCGUGUGGUUUGAGUUUUUCUGAAAGUUUCUUCUUU